AUGAGCAGUGGACUUGCCGACUUUGACGGGGAUGACGUGAAGGUGCCUAUUGUGUCCGCCCAACCUCAUAUGGGCGUGGGCAUGGGGACCCACAGCGCCGUCGCCUUGGGAGGGUUUCAAGACUUCUGCCUGAAGAGUGAACUUGCCAACGCCAUCCGCGAGAACGGCUUUGAGCACCCGAGCGAAGUACAGCAUCAGGCACUGCCGCAGGCGAUGCUUGGCGCCGACAUCCUUGCGCAAGCUAAGUCUGGUAUGGGAAAGACGGCUGUCUUUGUCUUUGCGCUGUUGGAGCAAAUUGAGAAGGUGCCAGAAGGGCAGAAACCGCAUUGCCAGGCAAUCGUCGUCGUUCAUGCCCGUGAGUUGGCGUACCAGAUCGAGCAAGAGUUCAAGCGCUUUAACAAGUACUUGCCGUACUGCACCACAGGUGUUUUCUUUGGUGGCAUCCCGGAGGACGAAAACGUGAAGCAGCUCAAGAAGGAAGUCCCUGCGAUAGUGGUGGGAACACCAGGGCGUCUCAGCGCACUUAUUCAGCGCAAAGCCCUUGACGCGUCGCGCGUCAAGUGGUUUGUCGUGGAUGAGUUUGACCGCUGCUUAGAGGAUGUUAAGAUGCGCCGCGACGUUCAGAUGGUGUUUCUCAAGACACCCAAGGAAAAGCAGGUGAUGAUGUUUUCUGCCACCAUGACCGAUGAGCUUCGUAAUGUUGCGAAGAAGUUUAUGAGUAACCCGACAGAGAUAUACGUGGAUCAGCGGGCAAAGCUUACACUGCACGGACUUGCACAGUAUUACAUGAACGUUACAGAGGCCCAAAAGCUCCGUAAACUAUGCGACAUUCUUGAUGCUGUGGAAUUCAACCAGGCUAUUAUUUUUACCUCCUCUGUGGAGCGUUGCGAGGCACUUAGCCGCCAGCUGCAGGCCCUUAAAUUUCCCGCCAUGGCUAUUCACUCUCGCAUGGAACAGCCCGAGCGUCUCCGCGUGUAUGAAAGCUGCAAGUCGAAUCACACCCGUAUUAUUGUUGCCACUGAUCUUUUUGGCCGUGGUGUCGAUAUUGACCGCAUCAACCUCGUGGUGCAAUUUGAUAUGGCCUCGGAUGCGGACUCGUGCCUUCAUCGCGUGGGUCGUGCAGGUCGUUUUGGCACGAAGGGGCUGACGAUUGCCUUCCUCACCGAUGAGGAGAAGGAGAUUAAGCGCGAGAAUCGGAAGUACACCGAUCACGGCGUUAUGAAGGACCUUCAGGAGAGGUUUGAGAUGCAGGUCCAGGAGCUGACAGACAUCAGCACUCAACUUAACCAGAGCCAGUACAUGAAUCAGUAA